ACACACAGAGCAGGAGGAGGAUGGUGGGGGACAGACCCACAGGAAUGGCUGUAAUCAGGUCUGAUACAGGAGCUGUUUCACCCUGGCGGGUGGAGGCAGAGGCGGUGUUUUUGGGUGGAUGUCUUCUGCACUGCAGCUCUGAUGGAGGCUUCAGAUGAGUCAUGCUGCUGCUGCAUCACCAUGGCAACAGAGAGGAGGGGGGGGGGGGGGUUCCGAGGGACGCUGCACCGGAGGAAUUUUCCAGAUCAGACCGUCACCGCACGCGCUCAGAACAGCAGCAGAGCCAGCGCGUCCUGCAGGCUGCAGACGUCACUGCAGGUUCUGGAUCUGAUCCGAGCCGGCGCGGAGGGUCUCAGGAAUGACUCGGAAACCCGUCCUGGAAGCAGAGUGUGCACUAAAAACACAUUCGCAGCCAAUCAAAGCUGGAUGCAGUCAUCACGUGAGCGUGAUCAGCUGUUCUGCUCUGGCGUUUAUUUUACCUGGUGUGUGGACGGUGCAGACAUAUCACUGCAUGCUCAGCUCUUCGGACUGAAGCAGCGUGCGUUACUCAGGCUCAGCCUAUCAGAGCGCAGCAGUGUGGAGAGGUUUACUGCCUUUAACGCGUUGAUCUUUACGUCUACGCCUGUCUUUGGGGUUGUAAACGUCAGGCGCGGUGGACAGGAAGUUGGAAAGCUUUCCCAAGGAUGCCGUGUGAUUGGUUCAGUUUAUUUCAGAACCUUCUGAAUGAAUUGUCAUGAAAAUGGCGAGGUGAAAAUGAAGAGGUUAACUUUUGGGGCAGGGACUCGAUUUUAAGUCUUUCUCCUGGAAAGCCGACCAGAGUUCCUCCUGUUAUUCUUUUCUGAGCACUUCCUGUUUCAUCCUGUUCAGGAGCAUCAGGAGCUGCUGAGGGUGAAAAGCUGCUCUGAUGGACUCGUCAGAUCCUUUCACGUGUACGUGAAGCAUGCACGUUCAGAUUUUGGUUCAGUGGCACUAACGCUCUGUUUUUACUUUCCUUCACUUUGAUCGGAGCGUGUCUGAGGUCGCCCAGUCAGACCAGGUUCCUCUGACCCAGGUCACCUGACAGGAAGAGCUUUUAUUGUUGACACCCUGCCCUUGGGUCAGCCCCGGCCCGGGUCUGAGGAUGAAACGAGUUUCAGUCGUGUCCGAGGACCUCGACACGUCUCUGCUGGAGCUCGCCGUUUGUAAUGGGGCCUCUGAUUGGAUGUGACUCGUCCCGCCCCUCACAGCAGACCGUUUCCAGGUCAGCGGUGAAAUCACGCUGGCCCACCUUCCUUCCCCAGCUCGGUGAUGUAACUGUGACAUCAUCAGAGACAGUGGCCUCAGUGAGCCGUAAAAUCUAGGCCAGGACUGCUGCAGUCGAGGUAACCAUAGCAACGGGAUCAGUAGGCUAAGCUGUGACGCUGCUGGGGCAUGCUGGGAAAUGUAGUGAGCUCUGCCAGCUUCUCUCGUCAGUGUGCUGAAGGUUUUCUGCAAGGAUGCGGCAGUGAGCAUGCUCAGAGCCCUGAUCGUUACCAUGGCAAUUACCGGUGGCCACGCGUGCAGCGGUCAAGAGAACUGCUCGGCCGACGUCGAUGGCGAGUCCAAAGACUACUGUUACUCAGCCCGCAUCCGCAGCACCGUGCUACAGGGGCUGCCCUUCGGCGGCGUGCCCACCGUGCUCGCCCUCGACUUCAUGUGCUUCCUGGUGCUCCUCUUCGUCUUUUCCAUUUUACGGAAGGUUGCGUGGGAUUAUGGCCGCCUGGCGCUGGUCACCGACGCUGACAGACUGAAGAAGCGUUUCAGCGACCUGGAGGAGCGGGAAUACGUUGCCUCGGCGAUGCACUCGGAGACGCCCGACCGCUAUGAACGCCUCACCUCGGUUUCCAGCUCUGUUGACUUCGACCAGAGAGACAACGGUUUCUGCUCGUGGCUGACGGCCAUCUUCAGAAUAAAAGACGAGGAGAUUCGUGAGAAGUGUGGCGAAGACGCCGUUCACUACCUGUCCUUCCAGCGUCACAUCAUCGGCCUUCUGGUCGUGGUCGGCGUCCUCUCGGUCGGCAUCGUCCUGCCCGUGAACUUCUCUGGAGACCUUCUGGAAAACAACGCCUACAGCUUCGGACGCACGACGAUAGCCAACCUGAAGUCUGGGACGAACCUGCUCUGGCUGCACACCACGUUUGCCUUCAUGUAUCUGCUGCUGACCGUCUACAGCAUGAGGAGGCACACGUCUAAGAUGCACUACAAGGAGGACGACCUGGUGAAACGCACUCUUUUCAUCAACGGCAUCUCCAAGUACGCCGAGGAGAGUCAGAUAAAACAGCACUUUGAGCAGGCGUAUGAGAACUGCACGGUGCUCGAGGCUCGGAUCUGCUAUAACGUGGCCAAACUGAUGGCUCUGAACGCUGAGAGGAAGAAGACGGAGCGCAGCAAGAAGUUUUUUACCGACCUGAUGGCUAAAGAACACAUUCCCACCAUGAUCAACCCCAAGCCCUGUGGACACCUCUGCUGCUGCGCCAUCGCUGGCUGUGAGGAGGAGGAGGCGGUCAGCUACUACACCAAGAGGGAGGCCAAACUCAAGGAGGAGUACAGGAAGGAGAAGGAGAAGGUCCACACCAAGCCUCUGGGCAUGGCCUUCGUCACCUUCCAGAAUGAGGCCAUGACCGCCAUUAUUUUGAAGGACUUUAACGCCUGUCAGGUUCAGGGGUGUCGAUGUCGUCAGGAGCCACGUUCCUCUCAGUUCAGCGAGGUUCUUCACGUUCAUAACUGGAGUGUUUCGUAUGCGCCUGACCCACAGAAUGUCCGCUGGGAACACCUUUCACUGGGCGGGAUCUCCUGGUGGAUCCGUUGCUUUGUCAUCAACUGCAUCCUCUUCAUCCUGCUCUUCUUCCUCACCACGCCCGCAAUCAUCAUUACCACCAUGGACAAGUUCAACGUCACCAAGCCCGUCGAGUAUCUGAAUAACCCCAUCGUCACUCAGUUCUUCCCCACCCUGCUGCUCUGGGCUUUCUCUGCUCUGCUGCCAACCAUCGUCUACUACUCUGCUUUCUUCGAGGCUCACUGGACCAGGUCUGGAGAAAACAGGACAACCAUGCAUAAGUGUUACACCUUCCUGAUCUUCAUGGUUCUGUUGCUGCCAUCUCUCGGUCUCAGCAGUCUGGAUGUUUUCUUCCGCUGGCUCUUUGACAGGAAGUUCCUGGCUGAUGCUAAAGUCCGAUUUGAGUGUGUCUUUCUGCCAGAUAACGGCGCCUUCUUCGUCAACUACGUUAUCGCCUCCGCAUUCAUCGGAAAUGCCAUGGACCUGCUGAGGAUCCCCGGCCUGCUCAUGUACAUGAUCCGGCUUUGCCUGGCUCGCUCUGCUGCCGACCGCCGCAACGUCAAGAGGCAUCAGGCCUACGAGUUUCAGUUCGGAGCAGCGUACGCCUGGAUGAUGAACGUCUUCACAGUGGUGAUGGCCUACAGCAUCACCUGCCCCAUCAUCGUGCCCUUCGGUCUGAUGUACAUGCUGCUGAAACACCUGGUGGACCGAUACAACAUGUACUACGCUUACCUGCCCUCCAAACUGGACAAGAAGAUCCACUCUGGAGCCGUCACCCAAGUGGUGGCAGCACCCAUCCUCUGCCUUUUCUGGCUGCUGUUCUUCUCCACUGUACGCACAGGCUUCGACACACCGACUUCCAUGUUCACGCUGGUGGUGCUGAUCGUCACCAUUGUGGUCUGUCUGUCUCACGUCUGCUUCGGACACUUCAAGUACCUCAGCGCUCACAACUACAAGAUCGACACAAAGGAGAACGACGUGGACGCUGUCGAGAACGGACGUCCAGCUCGUCCCUCGUCCUCACCCACCACCAAAUCUCAGCAGCAGCAGCAGCAGCAGCAGAUGUACAUCGCCCAGGUCCUCCAGGACCCCAACUCGGACGAGCCUGGCGGAGGUAGCAGCGAGGAGGACCGAGGGUCAUCGCAGGAUGAGGAGAUGCUGAAUGGAGGGAACAGCAUCAAUGAGGCGGAUUUCCAGUCGGGGGAGGACAGUCUGAUCGCCAACGAAGUGCACCAGUAGCUGGGGGUGGUGCUAGAGGGAGGGGGUGGAGCUAGUAGAGGGUCAUACCCACACAACAGUUACAGAUAAAGCUGACUGGAAAAUCACUACACCCAUAAACACUUGUACAGUAGAUUCACGGUUAGCUCCACCCCCUCUGAGCCUGAAGACUUGACCCUGACCUUUGAUGCCGGCGCCGGGUCGCCAACAUCCAGUCCUGCACGCCUGUGGAUCCUUAACGGACGUUAGAUUGUGUCCACAGGAAAUCACUGUAUAUAACCACAAAGCCAAAAGUUCUUUUUCUUGGGUUGGGUGGGUGGGUUUUAAAAACGUGUGCCUGGGCUGGAUUCUUUGUUCGCACUCGUGUCUUGACUUCUGAUCCCACUACGGGUCACCUGAACCCGACCCCUCCAGGGGUCUGAGCUGAUGCUGACGCUGUCUUUUUUCUCGGCAUAGUCAUCACCGUACUCCAGAAUCAGAGCGUUAAACAACUCGCCAAACGCCAGUUCUCAUAGUGUUAGAAACCUCGCUUACGCAGACGCAUCGUCAUCCCUCUUCCCUGCUGGUCCAUCCUCGCCUCCGUUCUGUGUCUCUGAAUGCCAGUACGUUCAGUGAAUCACCUUGGAGUGUGGGGCUUUUGUUUUUUAAGUUUUUGGUUUGUUUUGUACCUGCGUGCUGUUAGGAGUGCAGUCUGGAUUAAACCGUCACACCUUUGGACGAUGUCAUUCAUCGCUGGAUUGUGCUGGCGAGCAACACGUUAAACUUCCUCUCGCCUGCUGGCUUCAGUUGGACCGCUCCUCGCCAUCGGACUACAACACUCCACGCGACAAUGCUUUCUUUUCUGGUUUGAGUUCACCUGAACUACCUUAAAUCAUGAAUACCUGACAAAGGGAACAGGGAUGUUUGUGUAUGUGUAGGUUUAGCAAUCUGAAUUCUUUUCAAAGGUGGGAUGUAUUUUGUGAUGACUUUCAGCAGCAGGUAGUUCGAUUUUGGGUAGAUGAAGAAGAGCAGCGCUUUUCGUCGGGAUGUUUUUACCUGAACGCCUGAAGUUGGAGGUACUGAAGGUGUGUGCUGUCCGUCUGUCUGUGUUAGCUCCUUAUAAACCGGCUACAUCACAAAGGGUUCACCAGGUGUUGAUGAAAAUGCCAUCCAUCUACUGUAGAAUCAGUUCGACAUUUUUUUCUUUCACUUUCGUACAAAAGUUUAGAAAUAUAUAAUCAUGCCGUCUCGGUCUCUACACGCAUCAAUAAAUUUUAUAUAGAGUCCGACUGGUGCGAAGCGAUGGUUUCAUCUCUGCCGCGGUACGAGGAGCUCCUUCCAUCCAAUAAUGAGCCACAGCUUCCUAGAUGUGCCACUGGUCCGUCAAAACAAAUAAUCACCAUUUAUUUCAUGCUAAUGAUCAUAUUAUAAUGACUGUUUUUAGCUAAUUAGCUGGGUUUAUCUGACUGAAGCUAACCCUCGGCUAGCUAGAGCAAGCGACUAAUAAUCAGGAUGUUUCAGUCCAUGAAAAAAAGAUACUGACUCUUUGUCCUGUUAGCACGUGUCUUUAACGCUAAUAGCUUAGUUUGUCGUCCCAAUAGUGCAGUGUUAGGCUAGCUCUGGCUCCAGUUAAUAAAACUCACCUGAUUAGCUCAUUAGCAGGGAUAAAGCUGUGUAGAGUUGAACUUACUCCUAGCUUCUCGUUCACACCAACAGCUGGUUUACAACCAGGACAGAACUGCUGAGUCAUUGUUAGCUUCAAGCACACAACUCAGACACACAGGAAUGACACACUGUUAAUUGUUAGCACACAGGCUAAAACAGCACUAGCCUGCUAGCCCGGCAUUCGCAUUCUGUUAAAUGAAGACUAAAUGGUCUGAAACCGCACAACAAUGAAGAGGUGAUGGUUUAGUUAAGCUAGCACUUUCCCCUGCUUUGCAUGUGAUGCUAGCAGGGCCACGCCACAGGAACGCAGCGGUGAAACCAGUGGUCGGGUUUAACCAGUCAAUUUACACCACCUGAGUGUGUCUUCAGCUGUAGCUCAUUGUUUUGGGACAGAUUCUUAAGGUGUGUGAUGAUACUUGCUAGCUGCAGACAGAAGCUCAUGUUAACUGACGUUAACUCACAUUAGAAGGUGACGAUAUCUCCCAGUCUGUGGACUUCCUGUUCCACGGGGGGGGGGGCUCUUGAGUUCAUCCAGAAUGAAUAGAGCUGCAGAACAGGCAGUAGAAGGGUGGGUGGUGCUUCUGUGAUGUCACCCGCUGGUUUUUGAAGCCUUGCUUUGAGUUGAAUAUUUUCACCAAUGAGAAGGGACGGGUCUGACGGUGAAACCGCAUACUCAUUAGCUAACGAUUUGUGAGUUCAGCCACUUGGCCAUAGAGUUCUACAGAACUGGAAGUGUUUUUGCAGCUGUCGGCCCCUGGUGCCCUUCAGACAGAGUCCAGGUUAUUAGCUGCUACAUGGUCCAUACUGUGUGGUCAUGGCACCACAAGCCACUUUACAGCAUGCUUGCUGCUCGAGUUAUCAUUUGGAAACGGGCGCCGUUGGGGGAGCACUUCUUGUCCUAAACCCUUAAACAUCCAAUCAGCACGCUUGUGUUAACGCGAAGGACGGAGGAGAGGUUUUAUUUCAGUGUUUUUGUGUGGAAGCAGCUCUUUCACUGAGGAUGAGCUCAGGAUGCCCCCUGUGUGACCUGCGGUCAGACCGGGAGGUGAGCAGGCUCGUAGCUCGCGCUCGACGUGGUCGUGGCGCCGAUCUGCCUCCUGGUGGACGGAUGUAGAAAACAUCAUGUUGCAACUGACUUGGGGGGUGGUGACAUCAUCACAAAGACAGGUGAAGGGGUGUGGCUUCUGCAGAGUGACAUAAGUGCUUAGCGACAGAAUGGGGAGGAGCUAGUCUCAGGUGUGUUUUGUUUUGUUCCUUUUUUUUCUAAAACAAUGUUUACAUCAGAGUUUGUUUGCUAGGUGUGUGUGUGUGUGUGUGUGUGUGUGUGUGUGUGUGCGCGCGGGCGGGCGUGUGUGCGUGCAUGCGUGCAUGGACACGGAGCUGGACUAUGAAAGCUGCAGCCGCCGGCUCGCUGGCGUCAGUGGGCGGCUGCAUGCUGGAGCUCUGCAGCGUUCCUGUCCGGGUGUUUGAUGUUCCCCGCCGCUCCGCCCAUGAUUGUACGCAGAUGAACCUGAAGGUGGAGGCGAGCCUGAUCCUCAAGGUUCAGCUCAGCAGCUCGCAGGAAGUGACCUGCUUCCUGUUCCUGUCUGUGUAAGGGCGCCGCCGUAGAAUCAUUUUCAGAAAGGAGAGGCCGUUUGACCUGAGCCGCACAGACCCGGCAGAACUAAACGCGAGCUCGGUGGCUUCGGGACUGUUUGUGUGGAAAAACGGGACUCAAAGGUUUCUGAAAGCGAGCCGCUGCUUCGUGCUGUUUGUUUGUUUCUUUUUAAAAAAUAAAAUUCCUGAAAUGUGAAGAAGAAAAAUGUGAAGUGAGGCAUGAAGCGAGCGACAAACUGUGUAAAAACGAGUGUAAAUAGCCAUCGAACUGCAGUCUGUCGUCCACGUCCUGCUUUAAUUUAUUGCUGUGACUCUUAUUUAUUUGGACUUUUGUUUGUGUACAGUGACACCUUCGUCUUACUUAUGUUCCUGAUCAAUAAAACUGAUUUCAUCCGUG